CCAUUUUGGCUCGGACUUUGUGCACGUAUCGGUUGCGCGCGAAGCAGUUAUGCCAAGAGUCCGCGGGAAGGCACAUCAGACGCACAAGGUGCACCCAGCUGUUCAGCUUUAUGGACACUCCAACAAGGAUCACCGUGCGCCGCCGCGCUGCGCCCCGCCGAGAGGGAGGCGGUGGCCCGGCUGACGGCCAUGCACCAGAGCCUGCCGGUGGACGGCGACUACCUCGACACCCGCAGCCAGGAGGGCGCCAGGGCGUGCAGGGCCUUUCUCGCGGGGAUCGCGGAGCUCUCAGUGGUGAUGCAGGCCGAGCAGGCGCCCCGGGCGUACCGCUCGUCCUUCACCGCCAACUACGCGUCGCUCUUCCCGUGCAAGGAUGACUCCCGGGGCUACCGCCUGGAGAUCCUGGAGGCCAGUGCGACGCAGUACCACGCCCUAUGGGCCAAUGGCGAGCGGCACUACUUCACCCCGCUCUCGCUGCUGCGCGCGCGGGAGCUCCAGCAGGCGUGGCUCCAGUUGGGGGCCAUGCUCGAGAACUGGGCGGACGGCGCCAGGCACUUGUGGUUGGCAGGGCCCUUGAGCCGUUCGGACCUGCAGCGCGCUCUCGCGGCAUUCGACGCUGCUUGGGCGCAGUUCGAGCAGGUGCACAUCAGCGAGCUCAUCACAAUGGAGCAGCGUGCGCUGGACGUCCUAGUGCAGGCAGCCGAGCACGAGCACCUGCUGGGUUUGCUGGAGUGCCGGCACCGCCACGACCGCCGCGCCCUCCUGCAGGAGCAGCUUCUGCAGCAGCACGACCAGGAGGUCGCGCAGCUGAGGGGCGAGUGCGGCCGGCUCGCCGCGGAGGUCGCCCACCUCCGCGCCGAGCUGCUCGGUGGGGCCCGCGCCGCGGCAGGGGCGGCCUCCCCGGGGCAGGGCGGCACAUCCUGCAGCGCCUGGGCGUCGGAGCAGGAGUCCCGCCGCGGGACCAGGUCCGCGGAGCAGUGCCCCGGGGACUCCCGCCAGGGCUCCACGUCGCCGACCCUGGGGCCCAGGUUCGCCGAGAAGUGCUCCGGGGACACCGCGAGCACGGCCUCGGCGCCCCUGACGGACGCCGUGCGGAAGGUCCUCUCCGAGGACCCCGGCCGCGGAGGGGCCCGGGAGGUCCUGAAGGGCGUGCCGCGGAGGCACACGACGGGCAACCUGCUGUCCGAGCUCGGGGCGCCAGGCGCGAAGUGGCCGAGCCAGGGGCGCUCGGUGGAGCGUCGCCCCAGCCUGGGGCGCAGGCUGAGCAUCGGCACCCUGAGCAUCGACAGCCUGGAGCCGCACGACGCGGGCCCGACGCGCGGGAGCAGCGCGGACCCAGCCGGCGCGGGGCCCUUCUGCCUCAGGGAGGUCUGGAAGGGCGAGCCCCCGGGCCUGCGCCUGCAGGCGUCCAUCCGCAGCUGGCACCACGGGGCCGCGCUGCGGCAGGCCGAGUCCUGGCCGCUCGGCAUGUCCUUCCUGGCCACCGUCAGCCUGCGGACGGGCCUGCUGCCCGGGGAGGACUCGGAGGACGCGUCCCUGGUGCACCCGGCGUCCUCGGCGCGGCUGCUCUGGGAGGUGCUCAGCGUGGUGCUCGUGCUCUACGACCUCGCGGCCUUGCCCAUGAUGUCGUUCGACUGGCCCUCGGAGCCCACGGCCGACGCCAUGGACUGGGUCAGCAGGCUGUUCUGGACCGCCGACGUCGCCGCCUCCUUCCUCACGGGCGUCUACAUCAACUUCGAGCUGGAGAUGCGCUUCGAGAAGGUUGCCAAACACUACGCCAGAGGCUGGCUGCCUUUCGACGCCGGCAUCGUCCUGUCCGAGUGGGUCUCCCUCGCCGUCGCGUCGAGCGUGCGCGGGUCGAGGGCAGGCGAGGCGAUUUUCGGUGUGCUUCGCUUGUGUCGGCUGGCGCGCAUCUUCCGACUCCUCAAGCUCGAGGUGCUGCUGUACAAUGUGAGCUCGGUUCUCAAUUCGAAGGCCGCGUGGCGUAGCUUCGGCACGUUCAGGGUGAUCCUGUACUUCGUCGUGGGUGUCCACAUCGUCGCCUGCGGCUGGUCCUUUGUGGGCCGCGGCGGGAGCGACGGCUGGGUCGUCAGGGAGGCCGCCGACCGCCCCGACUUGGACUUGUACAUGCUGUCGGUGCACUGGGCCGUCUCGCAGCUGCACGGAAGCAGCGGGGUUAGCCCCGGCAGCGUAGGGGAAUCGUUGUACGCCACCCUCGCCCUCCUGGUGGGCCUCGGGUCGUCCUGCUUCCUCGUCAGCUCUGCCACGGCCGCGAUGCUGCAGCGGGAGCAGAGUCGCUACUCCACGACCAAGCAGCACCUGCUGAUGCUCUCUUACCUGAGGAAGAACCACAUCUCGUGGCAGCUGUCCCUGGCCGUAAAGAAGUGCUUCGACAUCCACAUGCGGGAGCGCAGGGGGGCCGAGGAGCACAAGGCUGCCGAGGCCAAGGAGCUCUUGUCGUUCUUGCCAGUCAACCUCCAGAUGGACAUGGCGGAGGAGAUGCGGCGGCCGGUCCUCCUCGAGCACAACUUCCUGGGCGACAUCAACGCGGGGAACCCGCGCAUCUUGCGGCAGAUCUGCCACGAUUGCUGCUUCGAGAAGGAGGUGCGACCUGCCGAGAUCGUGUUCGAGGCUGGCGAUGCCUGUGCAUCCAUGUACUUUGUCACGUGGGGUGACUUCGAGUACGCCCGAGCCUGCCAUGACGCGGGCCUGCUCCCCAAGGUGGUGGGAGCGAGUCCCGUCAGGAGGCGCCCAGAUACCCCGUUUGCCCAGGUCAUAGGGCGGAUCACGGGCGGGCUCCUGGACAAAGCCGCCGAUGCGGAACCAGAGUGGAAGGGCGAUGGCGGCGUGCAGUUCUUGGAUCGGGCGAGCUGGGUCAGCGAAGCCGUUCUGUGGACCAAAUGGGAGCACCGCGGCGAGCUGAAGGCGGCGGCUGGCGGAGCGCUGCUGCAGCUCGAUUACAUGAAGUUCGCCACGAUGCUCUCGCAGCACCACGACGGCGCCUGCGCGUACGCGUGCGGGUACGGGCGUAAGUUCUUGGAGCGGCUGAACAAAAGCCCCGAGUCCAGCUGGUCCGACGUGCUGCACAUCAGGGUCACCAAGGAGGAGGUGCUCGAGGACGAGCCGGACGACAAGCCAGCUGACCUGACGGCCCUCUCGGACGAGGAGGUUGUCCUCCCCGGGAAUUGGCCCCUGAAGGCGCAGCGCCGCCCCAGCAAGCACAGGGAUCUGAACGCCUGGGGCCAGCACUACAUCUUCGUCUCCCACCACAAGGCUGGCGGAGGCACCGAGGCCGCAUUGAUGCAGGAAGGUCUCGAGCGCAUCAUCGAAAGUGAUCCAGACUUGCCAGGCUAUGGCAUGAUGGCGCCUGUCUUUCUCGACUCGGAGGACCUCGGCGAUCUGAGCGAUCUGAAGGCCCACGUGCGCAAUGCCUUCAAUUUGGUGCUGCUCCUUACCGAGGAGGUGCUGAAGCGACCCUGGGUGUUGGUUGAGAUCGUCACUGCCCACCAGUCUGGUGUCAACAUCGUGCCUGUUGAGAUCUACAAGCGGGAGAACAACUCGUUCAAGUACCCCGACGACGAGUUCUACCAGCGGCUCCGCGAGCAGACCCUCCUCUCCAGGGCGGAGAACGACCUGAUCCUGGCCGAGGGGAUCACCGCGGAGGAGCUCGAGAAGGCGCUCCGCCACGUCUUCAAGAAGAUCGCGGUGCCCUUCUCCCCGCACAAGUCCAGCUUCGUGCGCGAGGCCGAGCUCACGGACAUCCUCCGCCGCUGCACAGACGGCCCCUCGCGCCCGGGCCCCGGCCGGCUGCGCGCGCCGGGCGGCGACUUUGCCGGCAUCGUCGCCUCGGCGCCGGGGCCUGCCCAGGACGGGGAUUUCACCAAUGGCAAGGUAGCCGCGCAGGUGUCGUCCAUCGACUGCUCGGGCGCUGCCGGCAACCCGCUGUUCUCGCUGACCACGCCCCACCGGCGCUCUCCUGCGCUGCCGGGCGCGCUGCUCGCUGCUGGCAUGAGCUGA